CAUCCAAAUUACCUUCUACAGUGUUCAAAACCAAAACCACAACCACAUUCGGCGCGUGACUUUACGUUCCCACCAUUUUUUUAAAGAUAAACCGCAUAGUUUAACACAAAGAAGUAACUAAAACCUCCCAAAGCUUUUAACAAUGGCAGCCCAAGCCGAGUACUUCAUCGAAACUCAACUUCCCAAUCACCAAAAACACUACGGUUCCUUCACUUUCCCUUCGAUUCUAUCUCCGAACCCUAAAUCGAGUCCUUCUUCACUCUCUGUUUUCACCGAAGCCAUCAAAUUUCAUAAACCUUUUCUCGAUUCUUUGUUGCUCAAAUCCGGAGCUUUGCUCUUCAGGGGAUUCCCAGUGAAAACGGCAAAAGAUUUCAACGACGUCGUCGAGGCUUUCGGCUUCGAAGAGUUGCCGUACGUCGGCGGGGCAGCUCCUCGGACUAACGUCGUCGGUCGUGUUUUUACUGCAAAUGAAUCGCCGCCUGAUCAAAAGAUUCCUUUUCAUCAUGAGAUGGCUCAGGUUCCUGAAUUUCCAUCAAAGUUGUUCUUCUUUUGUGAAGUUGAACCAGGCAGUGGGGGAGAAACCCCCAUAGUUCUAAGCCACAUUGUGUAUGAGAAAAUGAAAGAGAAAUACCCAGAAUUUGUUGAUCGAUUGGAGGUGCAUGGACUGUUGUAUACCAGGGUAUUAGGGGAAGAUGAUGAUCCUUCAUCUCCCAUUGGUCGUGGCUGGAAAUCAACAUUCUUGACGUCCGACAAGGCGGUGGCCGAGGAAAGGGCUGCAAAGCUAGGAAUGAAGCUAGAGUGGCUUAGCAAUGGAGUGAAAACAGUAAUGGGACCAAUACCAGCCAUUAAGUACGACAAAUCAAGGCACCGCAAAAUCUGGUUCAACAGCAUGGUGGCAGCAUAUACGGGGUGGGAAGACGCAAGAAACGACCCAGUGAAAGCCGUCACAUUCGGGGAUGGCCAACCGUUACCGGCCGAUAUCAUCUAUGAUUGCUUGAAAAUCCUUGAAGAUGAAUGUGUUCCCAUCCCUUGGAAGAAAGGAGAUGUUAUGUUGAUAGAUAAUUUGGCCACUCUUCAUUCUCGACGUCCAUUCGAUCCGCCCCGACGUGUGCUAGCUUCACUUUGCAAAUAGGGUUGCAGACAUGAGUUGAACAUCCACGGACAUAUACUUAUAUCCGACACACAUUAAUAUCAGUAUAUAAAAGUUGGAACAAGUGUAAGGGCAUAAGUAUGUGUUUGAUACAGGUAUAUUCAAUAUUGUUCAUAUAUUUGGAGGAAUAUAUGUUCAUAUAUGUGUCAAAUAUGAAUCGGACAUGGGUAUUUUUAAAUAUAAAUAAUGCUUAAAAUAA